AUUCGUGGCAGUUCUCUCUGUCUCUCUGGGCUGGGCACUGUGAGUCUGUGAUUUACAGGGGAAUACGCAAAUCCUUUUGAUUGCCCUUUAUUCUCAUUUCUCCGUCUCUUUCUGAUUGGAACUUUACUCCCACCGUCGGUGUUUCUUUCAAUUUCCCAUUUAUAUGUCAAUACCCCUCUUAAGAAUCUCUCCCCCUUCCCUUUCCCUUUUCUAUAAUUGCCCAUUUCUGAGCUCACUUCCAUUUUCUUCCUCAUGUUUUCUCACUCCUUUGGCUUCUUUUACCUUGAAUUUCAUCUGGGUGCCUCUCAUUUUUUCUGUUUUUGCCCUAAAUCUCUAGGGUUUUGUUUUUUUAACCUCUGUUCGCAACUUUGAUUCUCACAUAUUUUUCAUCUCUCAGGCCUCAUUUCCCUUCAAUCUCAUUUGGCUAGUUCUCAUUCCCUCUAUUCUUGCACGAAAUCUCAAGGAUUUCCGCUUGUUACAUUUCCUUUCUUGGGUUAUCUCGAGAUCCCAAUUUUGGUUCUUGGGUUGUGCUCCUUUCUCUUCGAUUCACCCUUCUUCUUUCCGAAUCUCGAUUCCAAUUACAAUGUCACAAGGCUAUGCUAUAGAGCUUUACUUCGAUCCCGCCCUCGAAAACCAGGUCUUGAAGGCCUGGAACGUGCUCGCUCGUCGCCAAAUCAGCACGCAACUCAUCGAAAUUGAAUCCCGUCCACAUAUCACCCUCUUCUCCAGCCCCUCUAUCGAUCCGCCGAUGCUCGAAAACGUUGUCAAGAGCUUUGCUUCAAAGCAAGAAUCUUUGCCUCUAUCGUUCUCUUCAAUUGGGAGUCUUCCCGAUGAAAACAACGUGCUUUUUCUUUCGCCUACGCCCUCGUUGUCGCUUCUCCAGUUCCAGGCGCAAUUGUGCGAUACAAUGAAGAGGGAAGGGAUAGAAAUAACGGAUGGGUAUAGACAAGACUCGUGGAUUCCUUAUUGCGCGGUUGCUCAGCAAGUGCCGAAGACUCGGAUGGCCGAGGCAUUUUGCGUAUUGCGGGACUUGAAGAUGCCGGUUACUGGGUAUGCUAUGGAUAUAGGGUUGGUGGAGUUUUCUCCGGUGCGCGAACUGUUCUCCUUUGUGCUCGGCAAUUCGGUAGAAGCAUGAAGUUUCAGGGCUGUUUUUAUGUGUUACUCUUUUUUUUCUCCCUUAUGAUUGUGGUGCCUUUGGUGUUACUGUAGAUUGAUAAUAUGUGCUAUUCAGAGCAUAGUCACAAGAUUUGCAGUUUAUGUUUUUGAA